GUCAAUGAAAAUGUUUUUUCUGGUUGUAAUUUCUUGCGUGGCUUUGUCACAAGCCUCCCAAAUUUUGCCAGCUAUCCUUCCUCAUGCCCAGCCUUACAACUUCGGGUACGCCAUUAGGGAUCACACCAGUGACCAAUACAGACAAGAAAAAGGGAAUGGACUCGGAGGUGUAGUGGGAAGCUAUGGUUUCAAGGACGCUAGAGGAAUCGUUCGUAACGUCAACUAUGUUGCUGACCAUGCUGGAUUCAGAGCACAGGUCAACACCAACGAACCAGGCACCGCCAAUCAGAACCCCGCUGCUGUUCUCGUCAAUUCUCAUCAGCCUGUUGUAGUCAAGGCAGUCGAACCUGUCCGCCCACUUCCAGUGGUCGCUGCCCCAGCUGCUCUUGGAGAUUACAGAUUCGGACCUGGGCUCGCAGAUGCCUUGGGAUACUAUGGAGGCGUCAACUUUGCUGUGCCUUUGAUCGGAGGAGCUGUCAGAGGAUAGGACAGCCGAUUCGCUAAUGUGAUUGUUUAAAUAAUGUUUCUCUUGUAAAAUAUCUGAUUAUUGCAAUGUUGCUUGCAAUAACUUCAUGCUUCCAAUAACUUUCUAAAAAAAAUCUUUAGCUUCUCUAUUACCUGCUUUGAAUUAAGUUUGCUUCAUUGUUCUUUAUAUAAAAAAAAAGGAAAUAUAUUAAAAGCAGCUUCUAUACAGAUUCUUCAUCGCUUGCUUUAUUUAACUGCAUGGAAU